AAGUUAAGCAAACACAUAAAUCUUUUUGAGCUAUUUUCGUGUUACAAUGUUGGCGAUCAAUAAUCACUAUUGACAGUUACGUCUGAUAUUAGAAACUCUAUGUAUUUACUAAACUUUUGUUAUUAUGAAUGAUUAGAAAACUAUAAGUUUUGGACCAAUAUAUCAUGGAAGAAUGUAUAAAACGAUAGGAUUUGUUGUGUAUUUAUACAUUUUAUGCGCUAUCAAAGGUGAGAAAAUCAGAGAAAUAGCUGUAAAUAUUGGAAAGAAUAUAACCAUACCAUGCCCCCUUCAUCAAACAAGAGAUGUAAUGUGGGUGAGAGAAGGCAGAGAGGAGCAGCAACAUGCAAGAAUGUCAAUUUUGGAAAAUGGUUCAUUGCUGAUAACAGAAGUUGAUCAAAGUGAUGCAGGAUUGUAUUCUUGUAGUCGAGAAAAUGUUGUUAAUUCAGACGUUAAGGCAAAAGUGAAGUUGGCAGUAAGAACUCCACCGCCUCGUUUGUCUAACGUAGUUGUAAGGCCUAGUACAAUCCUUGCACUUUUAUUAUGGGAAGUGGAUGGUACAGGUGGAUACCCAAUUAUAAAUUUCACAGCUCAGUAUCGACUAGGUUAUACUAAUAACAGUUGGAUGCCUAUUUCACCAAAUCACAUCCCCCAGAAUUCAAGACAAAUUGAAGUUUACAAACUUGAACCUAAUACAACAUACCAAUUUAGAAUAUGGGCUACGAAUCAGUUAGGACGAGGAGCUAUUACUGAAGUGUAUGGUACGACGUUGUGUGAAUAUACAGAAUUAGAACUAGCCCGACAUUUUUUUGACAGUGCUGAUAAAUUCGAUACGACAGUUUGGGCAAUUGCUGUUGGAAUAGUCAUGGGUACUCUUGUACUAUUGGGCUUAGGUACAUGUUUUUUACUCUAUCAAGAAUGCAAAGUACCAGGAGUUGUGGAGGAACAUGAAAUAAUAGAACUAGUACCUAAUAUUAUUCUAAAUCCAGGAUUUGAUCCAAAUUCCAAUGCAGAUCAACUCCCAGACGAGAAUUCCAACAGUGAAACUCCUAUGUUAUUAAAUAAUAACACUGUGGUACAUAAUUGUUAAUUUAUAACAAAUUGUAUCAGGUCAUUCGUCGGGAAUGUUUCUUAAUUAUUUUUUGAGCUGCAAAAGAAUAUUAUGAGAAAAACAUAUGCUGUUGUUUCAAAUUAAAUAUUUCCAAAAAAAAGCUUAAUAUAAACCAGAUAGGACUGCAAAUAGGUACUUAAGUACAUGAUAAUAUAUUCCUGUACUUUUGGCCGACUCCUCUUAUAAGCUUGUGAAUAAAUUAUCUGAAAUAUAAUUGUACUUUUAAAAAAAUGUAAAUGAGUACAUUUUUUAUUCUUGGGUAUACUUCUUUUUCUAGCACAUUCACCUGUAGAUUCCCAAUUUUAAAUAGCUUUAUUUAUAAUAACAUUGUUUAUUCUAAGAGCAAAAUUUUACUAUUGAAUCAAUACAGCAGGAGCCUAUUUAAGUUGAUUAAACAUUUUUAUCAUACAACUUUUCACUAUGGCUCUUUAAGUUACUUUUAGCUGUUUCUCUUUAUUUGUUAGUGCCUUAGUAUCUAGAUCAUAAACUGCAACAAGUAAUCAUAUAGAAAAUGCAACUUCAAUUUACUGUCUAUACACAUGGGCAAUUAUUCAACAUAAGAAUACUAAGACACUGUUAUAGUGUCAUUUUAUUCUUGAAAAUAUACUGAGAAUAACCUACCUAUAGUCCAGGUUUAACCAUUUUUGAAACAAACAAAACAAUAGUUGAAUCAUACCCAUUAUAAAAAAGGUGAGAAUGUAACAAAAAUGAAAUAAACAAUAAUUUACGGGUAAGUAAUACCUAGACAUAAUUACACGUAACCUCAAAAUAAAUGUGAAAAAUUCAAAAUAAAUAAAUUUUGGUUUUUUAUUUUUAUCUCUUGAAAAAUUAUUUUGUUGAAAUUUUCCUGUUCAUGUCCCAAACGCACAGUAUUUUUUUUAUUUAAAAUGUUUAAUUUCUCAACUUAUUUUGACUCGAUUGAAAAUUCUCAUUCUUUUUUUUUAAAGAAAAGGCUUUUUGUUUGUUGAAAUCUAUAGUUUUUGAUGGCGUGAAAAAAUUUAUAUUACUAUGGUAAGUUUUCUCAAAAAUGAAUAAAGAAAGGAAAAAAAUCCGAAAAUUUAUUAUAACCAAUUUUUAGCUAUUUAUGAAACUUUUUCACUUUAAUUACUAAUUUUUAUUAAUGUAACAUGGAAUCUCACGAUUUUCGAUCAAGUAAUUAAGGUGGAAUUAAAAAAAUUUCUGAUUCGAUUUUUUGCAGUUCUGAGAAAAUUUCCUAUGAUAAUACCUAUUUUUUUACACACACACUAGAAAGAACAGAUUUUAAGGAACAAAAAGCCGAUAUAUUGACAUGAGAAUUUUAGAUUGAAUAUUAGGGUGCUUUUUUAAUUAUAAAGACAAAAGAAGGUAAAGAAAAUAUAUUUUAAUUAAAUAAAAAAUAUUGGGUGUUUGGGACAUGAAAAGUUGAGCUUCCACUGAAUUUCAUGAAAAAAAUCUUUUUUUAAGAUAAGAAGAAACUAAGUUAUUUGAAUUUUCCACAUACAUUUUGAGGUUAUAUUCAAAAGUUGUAGAAUUUUUUUAAUACCUACAACUUUGCUAUUUAACUUUUUUCCAUGGUACUAGUAAUUUUACCGCAAAUCCAGAUAAACAAUUUUUGCCCAUAAAAACUCCCCCUUCCAUUUCCCGGCCAUCGCCGGUGAAUAAUUUUUCUUCCAUUUUUGUUAUAUUCUCUUCCUAUUCUAAUGGGUUUCAUUCUACUACUUUGUUUUUAUUUUUCACCAUUUUAAAAUGCUUUAACCCUGGUCAACUAAUAGUCUAUUUAAAGUAACAGGCAGUGAUUCAGUCGUGCAGCUGAUACCACUGCUUAGGUUAAGAACAUCUCCAUUAAAACAUUCAGUUAAGUCACCUCCAUUGACUGUAUGGAAUUUUUCUUUAUUAACUUGAAAUAUCACACACAAUUUUGAUGACAAUUAAUGGAUCAAUGGAGAAACUGUUAAAAUAAUUGAUCAUUCAAUUAAGCUGCAUUUUCUAUAUAUCAGUGAAGAAGUGCUUUCUGCCUUUCCAGCUCGAGUUCCUUGGUUUAAUUCCCGAAGGAAAAUACAUUAUUCAUUAAUUCAAUUUCAAUCCAUCAAAUAAACUACUCAACGCUUUAAAAACAAGCGUACAAUACUCUUAAAGAAGACGUCAUGACUAUUAUAUUUUUCAAUUUUUUCUUGACUAGAUUUUAUCAACUUUUUACUCUUUCACCCAAUAGCUUAAUUAGGGCUCAACUUUUGGCUUUAUUUUUAAUUUUAUGGUGAAAAGUAUUAUGUGUUUUAUUUUUAUAAUAAUUUUCCACAAUCAAUAUAGGAAUAUAAAUAUUUUUCUUAAGCAUCUGUGUUGUGAAGGUGAAUAAAAUGCAGCUGUAGAAGCUUUUGUUGUAAACGAUUUCAACAUUGAUUUAAUAUUCCAAUAUUCCGAAAGUAAUAUAGGUAGAUUCAGCAGUAGGUUAAAAAUAGAAGAACUAUCUGGUUUGUGAUACAAUUCAAUGUAUAUCUCAUUAUUUUAAAACACAAUUCAAGAAUAUUUGUGUUCAUAUUUUUUAUCUCAUAACUGACGUAUGGCCGGAAAAUUGAAAUGCUUUGUAUAGAGACUGAUACAUCACUUUAUUAAGAAUAAUUUAUAUGUACCGACUGCUAUUUAAAAUAAUUUAGCUUAUGCAACAAUUGUUUAUUAUUUUUACAGUCAGUAAAUACCUGACAUAAAUAAUUUAGAUAAAAAAAUAUUUUCAUUUUAAACAAUUGUGGCAUAUACUUAUAUAAGUAAGUAUUUUUAUGCUAUAUGUGAUUUUUAUUUAGUGAUAUUUUUGAGAAUAUUUUAUUUUAAUAUAUUGAUAGUUUAUUUAAUAAUAGUGCUCCCGGUUAAAUUUUGAUUUAUUUAUUACUGUAAUAGGAAUUACGCGAAUCUAUCGUGAUAUAAAAUUUUUCUAGUCAAGUACAAGAUUGUUGAACAGCAUAUCUAAAAAAAUAAAUUACCAGAACAAGAACUGACAAUAAAAACGUAAGAACUGAUAUUUUAGCAACUAUACCUUAUCUACUCUAGACGUUGGGUUUAUACAGCAAAUAAAAUACAAUAGCAUAAAAUGAAAAAGAACGGAACGAAUAAUAUUUCUUCAGAAUACACAACACAUAUAUAAAACGUAACAAAUAUUGCUUUGCUAAUAGAAAUAUUUCCGCGGAAACAGUAAUUAACUGUGUAAUAAAGAACAAUAUUGGUCUGCCUGUUUCCAAUAUUUAUCUAUUCUCAUGUUCAAUAAUUAAAUAAAAAGUAGCGAUUAUGUAAUUUUAUUACUGAUAUAUCAAGAAAAGAAAAACACUUCUUCGUAACACAAACCACAAAAAUGUGUAUUAACAAAAAUGAAAUAUGAAAUAGUCUCACAGUUACAUUUUCAGAAAAUAUGAAAUAGAUAAGUUAAAAGCUGGUGAAAUUUAAUAUUAUUUUAUUCGCAAUUUUCUGUAUAAACCUUAUAGUUUUACUUUUAUAUUUUACUUGUUAUUUUAUUUUUUGUUAUUGGAAAGCAUUGUCGGUUCUUUAGUGGUGUUAAACAUGUGAUUUUUCGACAGUUUCAAUAUAUAUUUACACAGUUGUUCAAUGAUUCUAAUAAUUGUACAUCUUAGAUGUACAACAUACUGUGCUAGUUAUAACUAAAAUAUUUGCAGUAUAUAAAAAUCUCUUGAUAGUAUACUGUUUGAAUUUAACAAAAUUGAAUACAAGAAUCACCAAAAUCCUACAGAUUUUGUGAAUGUUGUUAAAGCAGGAUACAUUGGUUGUGUGUUUAGUUUUAUUUUUGUAGGUUAUUUAGAUACUUUAUUGCGUUAUAUACAUGGUCAAAUGAAUAUCAAUUAAAUGUUGAAAAUCACGUUAAUUUAACCAGAUUUAACAUAAUAAAUAUAAAAAGGAACAAAAUCUAUUUUCACAUCAACAAAUAAAUAGGAUAGUUACAAAAAAACUAUCCUGGACAGUCAAACACUAAUGAUUUCUCAUAUAUCCCCAAAAAAUAAAUUUUGUAAAUUUAUUGCUACACUAUUAGCUUUCACAGAAAUCUUUUCUUUUCCUUUUUAGGUUCCAGAUCCUCUUUUAUCCACUUUUACAGUUUUUUGUCGUUUGUCAUUUUCUUCAAUUCGUUUCAACUCAAAAAGUUUGAUCGUUUUCUGCAUUUUUUAUACACCACCACUUUUUUCCAUGAAUUAAAAUUCUUCUAAUAUUUUGAUAUAGCUGGUUAGUGCCACUCAUGUAUCAAUUAUACUUUCUUUUAAAUAAUCUAAAAAACAUCUCAAAGAGCCAAGUUUUAUGUAAGUG